AUGUUGUAUCGAAGUGCAUCGUCGCGGCGCGGUAGAACAACGACGCCGGUCGCUGGACCGAGGGGACGACGUGCGAGCGUCGCAACAGAUAGACCAAUCGAUUUGUCGCAAACGAGUCCUAGAGGAACUAUGGAGCGGCUGCGAUCGCCGCGGAACAGCGUCGUUCCCGACAUCGCCCUCGAUGUCGAAACUGAUUUCGACCAGGGAGUGACCCUGAGGAUGCUGCCGGACCGAGACCAUUACGGUGAAUCGCAGGUCAUACUGAACAUGAGCAGGAGCCCUCGAAACUCUUUGCUACCGGACGAUUACUACAGGAGCCCGCGGAACGGUGUGCGAAGUCCUCGGAAUAGCUUGGUCCCCGAGAUUAGUCCAUCUCGAGAGACGUAUGGUUGGCGACAAUCAUUGGUCCCUGACGUUGCGCUGAGUCCCAGGAACUCGUUGAUACCGGACGUGGUGCACAAUCGUAGCCCACGGAACAGCUUGGUUCCGUUGAACGGCUCGCGAACCUCGUUGAUGUCCGACAACGACAAUCCGGUGUCAUGUCGCAGUCCCAGACACUCGUUGGUCCCGAACUCGUCGCGCAGUCCUCGAGGCAGUAUCACGAACAUGGAGCUGAUCGAUCGUAGCCCGCAGAGAAGUCCGCGCGGUUCGAUAGCCUCCGAUUACCUGAAUGAAAGUCCACGGAACUCGAUGGUGCCGUACGAGCCCGGAAGAACGUCCCGCGGCAGCAUAGGUGUGAACGACGCGCACAGAGGAUCGAUGGGCGCUAACGAAGUUAUCGACAGGACCCCGAGGGGCAGCCUGGGAGGACUGCCGGAGAGACGAGUCACAAAGACCAGUCUAAUGGCGCACAAUCCAAGGCGGGCUUCCGCUGAUCACGGUAUUACGAACAGCCGAAAUUCAUCCCCAUACCGGGAGAAGGAAAUAAACUCAAGAAAUGUGAGAUCGGGCGGAAGCACAGUCCAGAUGAAUCUGGGAUAUGGCCCGAAUGCUUUCGUGGAUUCCAGGCGUGCAAGCAGCUCUGUUUCACAGUUCUCAGGCGAUGAAUCACGCCGACUGUUCCAUAGCAGCGUCAAGGAACCGGAAGAUAAGAUGGAUAAUGGAAAUCUGACCGGCGUAACAUAUGGCUCAGUCGUCUUUCAACUGAAGGACGCGAAUCUGGAAGCAAACAGCACUUGCGACUUCGUUUUUCGAGGGUUGAAAGUAGUGAGCAAGACUCGGGUGGUUACUGUAUAUUUGAUGCUUCUGUCCACGAUACCAGUUCUAAUGCUCAUUUUUGGCUGGAAAUACUCCAGACAUUGUCCCCAAGAAGAUGGUAUCCCAAUCUACAUGAUCAUAGGAGGGACCCUAGGCUCCAUAUUCAUGUUUCUGGUAACUUACUCGCAGAUACGGUCAAGAAGACUGGAGAUCCUGACGGUACCGCCGCCGGUGCCGCAAAUAUCCUUCGUAAAACUGAUUACCGUCGUCUUAUCAUGCUUCCUGGCUGUUUGGUUCGCGAUGGGGAAUUACUGGAUUCUCCAUAUUAUGUGGCCGCUACACGAGGCCCAGAUCUACAAUCCAGAUAUGUUCUGCGACAAGACACUGUACAUCUUCUCCAUGGUACAUCUCGGCGUAAUCCACAUGACUUUCGCGAUCACGGUGUUCGUGAUGUUAGUGCUGACCUCAUUUAGAAUUCUCGGCUGGCCGUUACCGGAAAGAUACAGAUAACCUGGAAGAUCCAUACGACUAAAAAAAGUGGCCACAGACACCACAUGGACGACGAACAGUUUCUUUCAGGAGCACAUUUUGAAGACUGUCGUGGAACAGAACGAGGAUACCAGAAACUUUGAGAAUUUCGUGCACGUCUCCGACGACGAAGUCAAGUGUGUCACGAGGAUGAGUAAUAUCAAGCGUACGGGUCGGGGCGGUAAAGUAGCAUCGCAAAUCGUGGCUGAGUGGGACGACGACGGAUCGGACGAGAAAUUAUUAAAGCA